AGUUUCGAAACUAAAGUGACGGCAUGAAGAUCCAUCUCAUAUUUGUUAUAGUAUCUCUGGUAUUGGCGAAAACCAUUGCAGACGAAUGCCUUACCUGUGACUGGAAAAGUAAUAUCCAUUGUGGAAAGGUUGCUGAUGGCUCAUGUGUGUUUACUGCUCUGAAUCGAUGCCAAGUUGAAAGAAUUUCAUGCCGUCGAGAGCAAAAAAAGCUGAAACCAUUCACCGAAAUUGUUAAAGGAAAGUGCCCUAAGGACAAAGAAAAGUGCGCCAAGAUGUAAAAUAAAAUCAUGGUUCAUUUCAUCAAUUAAU